CUGCUAAUUAGCGACCGAAAAAGAAGAAAAAAAAUUCACAAAUAUAGAUCCGAUCCCCUCGCCAGAACUCCAGACCGAGUCCAGCAACAAAAAACCUAGAAAUCGAGAACUAAAAGCUCAAAAACUCCGAAUCCGCGAAUCCAGUAACGAGCGCUGGUCCGAAGACAAUGCAGCAGGGGGACGGUUCAGAGACGCAGGUGACGUGGGAAGACCAACAGAACAUCAACAAAUUUGGGAGACUCAACAAUCGAUUCCAUGAGCUUGAGGAUGAGAUCAAGGCCGCCAAAGAAUUAAAUGAAAGCUUGGAGGAUGCGGGGAACGAGCUUAUCCUCUCUGACGAGGAUGUGGUCAGAUUCCAAAUAGGUGAAGUCUUCACUCACAUGCCAAGGGAAGAUGUUGAGGAGCGGUUAGAAAAGAUGAAAGAGGAAGCUAGCAAGGAUCUUGAGAAACUGGAGGAAGAGAAGGAAUCAUUGGUUGCUCAAAUGGCGGAGCUGAAGAAGAUCCUUUAUGGGAAGUUUAAGGACUCCAUCAAUUUAGAGGAGGAUUGAUUCAAGUCUGUUGCAUCGCCCCAUUUCUAGUCGUUGGAGUUCUUGACUUACUCCUGUAUGGCUUGAUACUUUUGUGGCAUUUUGAUUGUUUGUUUAUGUUUGAUUAGCUAUGGUGUUUGUGCAAAUUUGAAAGUGAAAGUUCUAGUAUUUUUAUGAUUCUGUUUUUGCUAGUAUGCAAUAUAUGCUAGAUUCCUUGAGUA